AAUAAUUUCCAAUGAUUAGUAUUUAAUAGUCUGGUAAUGUUUAAAAUUGACAGCAAUUUAAAUUUAAGAAGAAGAUAAGAAAUAAAUGGAUGUAAUGUAUGAUAAUAAAAGUUGGCUAAACAAAGGUUUAAUUAUAGAUAAAAAAUAAUGUUUUAUGUUUUAUUGGUGACGAUAAAAUUAUUAAGAGUAAAUAGUAAUAGUAAAAGUUGUUGUUGUUAUUUUUUUUGUAGUAGUAGGGAUGAUUGUGGUGAAGAAAUGGCGGGUAAUUGUUAUUGUUAUUGUUAUGGUAAUUAUUGUAAUAGUAAAUUGCCGAGGUGACGGAUAAUCCAGUGAUGAUUAGACAUCGUGGAUUAAAAAGUGCCAUUUACGGCCUUAUUUCAGGCAUUAUUAUUGGGCUGUUUAUGUUUAAUUACCAGCAUUUACAUCAAACGCAGUAUGAUAGUAAUAAUAAAAUUAUCAAGCAUUCUUUGCUGAUUAAUAAUAAAAAUAAAAAUAAUUUAAAUAGUAAUAAUAUUAAUGAAAAUGAUAAAGAGGCAUUUGGAAAUAAUUUUGAAAAUAUGACUGAAGAUAAAAAUGGUCUUGUAAUUGUUGGAGUAAUGACAGCCCAGAAAUAUUUAAAGACAAGAGCCAAGGCUGUUUGGGAGACUUGGGGCAGAGAAGUACCGGGGAAGAUCAUAUUCUUCUCCUCGGAAGAGUCGAAAGUACCCGAUAAUUGCCCGGACUUGCCGUUAGUGUCACUCCCGAAGGUGGACGACAGCUACCCGCCUCAGAAGAAAUCUUUUUUGAUGCUUAAAUAUAUGUGGGACAAUUACGGAAGCAAGUUCGAGUGGUUCAUCAGGGCGGAUGAUGACGUCUAUAUUAGGACAGACAGGCUCAAGAAAUUACUCAUGUCCGUGGACUCGGGCAAGCCGAUGUACAUUGGCCAGGCCGGGAGAGGAAAUUCGGAAGAAAUCGGACAGCUGGCGCUCAAAUAUGACGAGAACUUCUGCAUGGGGGGUCCCGGGGUCAUUAUGUCUAAAGAGACGAUGAAGAAAAUUGUUCCUCAUGUUAAGGACUGUCUUGGGAAUCUUUAUACCACGCAUGAGGAUGUCGAACUGGGACGCUGUGUUAAGAAGUACGCGGGGAUUCCCUGCACUUGGAGUUAUGAGAUGCAGUCGAUACUUUAUCACAAUAGUAGCGGAGAUCAAUCAUUCACUGGGAACCUGAAGAAACGUGAAGUACACCAAGCUAUUACGCUCCAUCCAAUCAAAAGUCCUCCGUACAUGUACCGGCUGCAUAAUUACAUGCGGGCUUUGAAAAUUCAAGAUUUGCAGCACGAGAGAAUUAAAUUGCACCGUGAUAUUUAUUCUAUGGCUGAAUUGCUUAGAGAAAAUGUUAGAGAAUUUAUCAGAAAGCCGAUUGCGGAAAAUGUUAAAUUGUUUCCGAACUCGGACAGAGAAAAUUAUUUUGGAGAUACGCUGAUGCUUGGAAUUCCAGCUGGCCUAAAGAGUUUCUCGCCAAAAUCACCAUCAGAGGUAAUCCCAUGGGACUUUAUCUCACGGUCAGAGUACAGUUUAACCGACUCAAAUCCGCGUCGGAGAAUCCACAGCGACGUAAAAGAGGGCUUGGAGGACAUAACGCGGGAAGUUAUGGCUUCAAUCAACUCAUGCUCGCGACAGCGGGGUCGAGUAGUAGAAGAACGGUCGAUGUUAUACGGAUACAGACGUGUGGAUGCCUACGGGGCUGACACUAUUCUCGACCUUCUGCUGGUCUAUCGAAAGUAUCGAGGGCGAAAGGUUACACUUCCCGUUAGAAGACAUGUUUACGUUCACCAGCACUUUACCGGAAUCGAAGCGAGGGAAGUAAUCGAGGACCAAGAAGACGGAGAUCAGACCCGGCAAAGAAAUUUCCCUAAUUUCUACUCGACCUUUCUGUUCAAUUUUCCCCCGAGCAAGCCAGAGGAAGAUCCGGUCGAAGACAAGACCGUUCACCUGGUGGUGCCUCUGUCCGGGAGAUUUAAAACCUUCAAGAGGUUCAUAAAAAAUUACGAGCAAGUUUGUUUGUCGACAAACGCCAAGACUGAACUAUUAGUUAUACUGUACCCGCACAAGCUCGAGGAUUCGGUCGACAGUACCUUCAAUUUGGUAGAUAGUAUUAAAUUAAAAUACAAAAAUGCAAAGAUUAAAAUUUUAUUAGAUAAGGAUAAUUUGUUUUCACGCGCUAAAGCGCUUGAUCUAGCGAUUAAACAUUUAAAUAAUAACGACCUGGUAUUUUUUAUUGACGUGGACGUCGCGUUUACUAACGAAGCGCUCCAACGGGUCAGAUUGAACACGGUUAUUAAUAAAAAAAUUUAUUUCCCGAUUGUCUUCAGCCAGUACGACCCUAAUUACGUUUAUUAUUUUGAUAAAUCAAAUCGUGAAAAGAAAAAAAAUCAGUUUGGAGAUCUGGCCAAUUUGAGCGAACCCAUGGGAUACUGGAGGCUCUUUGGCUUCGGAAUUGUUUCUCUGUAUAAAAGGGACUAUCUGAAAAUCGGCGGGUUCAAUUUGUCGAUCGAGGGUUGGGGCAAAGAAGACGUUGAUUUUUAUGAGAAAUCUGUCAGGUCUUACAUUACUGUAUUUCGCGCUCCAGACCCUAAUUUAGUUCACGUGUACCAUAAGGUUACGUGCGAUGAAAAAUUGUCUAGUACCCAAAAAACGAUGUGCAAGGGAUCCAGGUAUGAAACUUUGGCUAGCAAAGAUACGCUUAUGAAGAUUAUUUGCAAUGGGUCUGAUUAUUUGACCUUUUCCAAGAAAAGGAGUCGCAUUGUUAAACCAGGAAAUUGAUAAUUAGUUUUAAAAUAAAUUAGGGCUAAGAAUAGUAUUUUUCUUACCUAGGGCAGGAAAAUAAGAAAUG